AGAGGUAAUAGUUUUGGGGCGGCCCGGGGGGGGGGCACUUCCUUAUAAGAGGCUAAUGGGGAGAUAUGCCGCUGGAUAAGGUCGCAUUUUCACGACUGGACUGACUAUAAUGGGGUUGCAUUUUCAAAAGAGUUACUAGAAUGAGGCCGCACAUUUUCGGAUUUUUGGGGUAAGAGAGUUGUUCAAAAUUACGGUUAGCAAACGUACCAGGAUAUUUGUACUCUAGGUGAAAAGUAAAGUGUUCUUCGUUCAGUUUAUUAAAACAUGGGUCAAUUUAUUUUUUGAUGACCUACUUAAGGAUUGAUAAGGUAGAUAAAUAAAUAGAAAGUGACUCAGUUGGGAUCGCAAAAAUUACAUAUUUGCCCAAGAGUGACUAAUAUGGGGUCUAGGGGCUCUGAGAGGCCAGCGGCACAUACCCAGCAAAAAUUACCCCACACAACCCCCCGGGGGCCACCGCGGUUUCGUUGAAAUCAUAACAGUUUUCCAGGAAAGUUCCACGGGAUCUCAGUCAAUCUUAAUAAGCGAAUUUUCUUUUCAACCUAAAUCAAAAUGAUUAGUAAAAAGAAUAGCGCCCUUAUUUUUGACCCCAAUUUUCUUUUUUAUAAAAAAUACAUAAACAGACCAGAAUCUUACUUUUCCAUUUAAAAAACAUGAAAUAUUCGGCGGCGUUGCCCAUGUUUCUCAUGGCACGAAAACUUACUUUCAUAUGAAAACAUGCGGGUUUUUUUGUUGCACGCUCAGGAGGUCAAAGGGAUGUGAUUUUUCAUGAAAAAAAUAUUCACAAAAUUCUGCUUGACUUGUUAAGAAAAUAAUUUGUUUAAUUUUUAGUAAUUAACUAACAGCUCAUUGAUUUAUUAAUUUGGGCAACCAACUUGGAGGCCCGGGCACCCCAGCUGAAAAUGCUUAGGGAGCCCGAAGGGCUCUCUUAAAUCUUCUCUAGAACACAGCCUUGCAGCCCUGUAGUUAUUGGAAGUAUGAUACAUUACAUGUUAUUGUUGAAUGUGGAAGUGCAUUUUUUGAGGACAUUAGUAAAGGAAUGCAAAUUUUAGUGAACUAUCCCAUACUCCUAACAUAUAUGGUGGUAAUAUUGAUGUAA